AAAAGAUCGUUCAGAUUGCUUGUGCAUCUUUGGCAUUGCAUCCGUACACUCCAUCGCAGGCAAUGCAUGGGUUCAGUCUUGGCAUCAGAAGACAGGCAUAGCCUCUACUCCAGGCAAAAGGCCCGGCUGCUUGGGUGUCUUUUUGCUUCAUUAGCUAUUAAACAGUAACAUUGCUGUCUAUCCGUUCUGAAUAUGCCAAAUAAGAUUAUUUUCCUCACAGGAGCCCCGAUGUUGCAAAGCCUGCGCUGGGACGAAGACGAGCUGCUCGACAAACCUGUGCCUCCGUUUUAUACCGAGGAGGAUGCCAGGGAGCAAAAGAAACCGCCAUUAGCCUUCCCGGGUUCUCUUCGAGUCAAAUGGAGGCUUUUGCAGGGACAGACGGCGCCGGAACAAAGUUGGGACUACCCCCCAGGAUAUAGCCAGGAUACGCCCCUCUUUACAAUGAAAGAUCCGGCGGCCAACGACAUGUCUCUAGUCACUUCUACGCAGAAGACUAAUGAUUCAGGUCUCUCACAAUUCUACGAUCACUCCUUUGCCAUUCAUGAGUCUUCGACGAUACUGAAUUCCCAGCCUCUUCGGGGGGACUCGUUCCGAGCAAGCAGGUCAUGGGCAGACAACACGGGGAUAGACAGUUCUGGGAUUUCCAUAGAAACGGACAGCGAUGAAGGCACGUCAUGCUCUAGUCUCCUUUCAAUGCAAGGACUCAUUAGCGAUCUUGAGGAAAUUCCAAGCGCCGGCUACCUGCGAUCGAUAGUGCCGCAGACGAUGACUGUGAAUUUCAUAGUAGGCGUGCUUGCUGUGCAUCCACCUCGACAUGUGGUGACCCGGCAAUGGAAAAGAGAGCUGACCAUCGUCGAACUUGUGGUGGGCGACGAGACGAAGACUGGGUUUGGGGUUACAUUCUGGCUUCCUUCUGCAAAUGGUGAUGAUGACGGCCUUGGCAAGACACUUUCUGCGCUUCGGCCACGGGAUAUUAUCCUGCUUCGAACCGUGGCACUGAGCUCGUUCCGAGAACGUGUAUACGGACAGAGUCUGAGGAAAGGGACUACCAAGGUCGACCUCUUACACCGUCAGCCUGUCGACUCGACGGAUGCAGUCGGUAUCUACGGCCUAAGGGCCAUCAACAAUGACAUUGCAACGAAGGAUGACUUGCUGCUGGCGAAGGUGCGCAAGGUGCGGGAGUGGAUCCUGCGAUUCGUGGGGUAUCCGGCGGAUCGAGUGCAUCGACAGGCAGAUCAGAUGCUGCCCCCGGAUACGCAAUAAACGGAAACGGAUUGGCAUAUAUUAUGGAAUAUGGAUACGAAUGGAUGUACAGCGCCGAGUCGGCGGCUCUCUACAAGAAGAUAGCCAGGGCGUUCUUGAACGGAUUUCACUCUUUGCUACUCCUUAUUUAGCCAACGGGAAGGCCGCGGCCGGAUGGGAUGCCGAUCUCCUGAUGAAAGUUAAAAACUCGAAGGUUCGAAUCGAUCUUGUGACUGAUUCAGCGAGCAAGAGUUGAGGACCAGACACAGGACAAGGAUUGCUGCGUGGCCACAGCACAGCCCUUUUAGAACUCGGCUCGGCGUGGGCUCACGUCAAACCAAUGAUAUAUCCAGGGCCGGCGCGUGAACCCUGGAAGGAUGAAGUACGGGUAAUACCGACGUCUGGAAGAGCGUGGGAAGCAGAAGGAAAGGGGCAAGCUGACGAAGAGAGCGCGAGACGCGGCAACAAGACCGCGGUUAAGACAUUUGACUCCGCAAAGCAAGGAAGCCAGGUGUUAAGAAAUAAGAUUAGGGGAUGAUACAGGGAUGCUGAUAUUAUUAUUAGACAGGCAUUAAUUAAUGAUAAUUAUAAUUAGAGCCACCGUGUGGCCCACCAAGCAUCCCGUCGU